AUGGGUUUAAAAAUUAUUGACGGUUCAAUUGUAAAUGAUGAGAAUUCAUCGUCCACAACUUCAUCACCAUCCCACUCAUAUAUUUCAACAUCUUCACCAAUGGUUCAACCAAGAAGAAGAAAUAGUAUAGCCAGUUUAAGUGAUUUUAGAACACAAAGAAAUAAAAUAAAUUAUAAUAAUAGUAAUAAUGAAAUAAAUCAAUUAAAAAAAAGCUUCAACGAAAUUAAUGUUUUAAAUGGUGAUAAUAAUAAUAAUAAUAAUAAUAAUAACAUCAACGAUAAUAAUAAUAGUGGGUCUUUUUUCAAAAAAUUUAAAAUAUAUAAAUAUUUUGAAGAGAUUUUUUCAAUUAUUAUUUUUAAAAAUCCAACAAUGGUCCAAAUUAUCGACACAUUGGAAUUGUCAACUAAAAUAUUUAAUGUCGAAAUGAAAUUAAAAUAUUUAGUGGCAAUAUGUAUAUUUACCCAAAUAUUAUUUAAAUCUUGGGGUUUAUUAAUCUCAUUAUUAAUAUUUUAUUUGGGCACAUUUUAUAAUAAAUUGGAUUCCUCCAUCAAUAACAAUAAUAAAAAAGAAAGUGAGGAUAAUUCUACUUUAAACAAUAGUAAUAAUAAUAUAAAUAUAAGAAACAGCAAUAAUAGUUUAAAUAAUAGCUUUAGUAAAAUUAACACACUCAGCAGUUCAAAUAAUAAAAAUAUAAAUUUAUCAAAAUCAUCACCCAUUCAAACUAAUAAUAUCAACACUUUAAAUAAUAGUGGUAUUAAUUAUCAAAAACAAUGCACUUGUAACAAAUCAGCAUUAUCAAAAAGUAGCAGUAGAAUUCAAACACUCUCAUCCCCAUUGUUAAGAAGCUGUAGUUACUGUUCUCCUCCAUCACCAUUCUCUUUAUCAUCAUCUUUACCUUCAUUAGCAACUAAUUCAAGAUCUUUUAAUAAUGCUAACAAUAAUAAUAAUUAUACCCAUAAUGAGGAGGAUGAGGAUUGGGAAGAAUACUUAGACUCUAGUGACGAAUAUGAGGACGAAGAUGACGAGGAAUCAUUGUCUUCUUCACCUGCUUAUUAUUUAUAUAAUUCCCCAAACCUCAGACAAGCUUGUAAUAAAGUUUCAAUUCUCAAAAAUAAAAGAUUAAAUAAUGAGGAGGGAGGAAGUGAUAUUGAAGAAAAAUCAAAAAAAAAGAAAAAAGUUGAUCAAAGUGGUGCAGAAGAAAAUACAGUGCCAGAUAGUGAAAUUAAUAGUGAUAACAAGACUAACAUUAAUAAUGGUAAUGAAGAAAAUAAUAAUAGUAGUAGUACUAAUAGUUGCAAUAAUAACAAUAAUAACAUUAAUAAUAAUACAUUAAAUUAUGAUGUUUUUAUAAAUAAUAGUUAUAAAUUAAAUGAAUUAAAAGAAAUUUCAAAUAGUUUAGGGUUACCAGCAAAAGGCAAAAAAGAUGAAAUGUACGAAAGAAUAAAGGAUUUAUUAUUGUAUCAAAAAUCAUUAAUAAAUGAAGCAAAUCAAAAGGAAGCCAUCAAUUCAUUUAAUAAGACCCAGGAGUUGUUAAUUAAAGAUAUCGAUCCUCUAGAAGUGUCUUUUUGGAAGGUUUUUAGAAAUAAAUAUCUUUUUAACUUUUUGUUUUCAAAUUUUAUUUUCAAAUCUGCUAAUAACUAUCAAAUGAUAUAUUCUGUUCACAGGAUAUUCCAUGGUUAUUCAAAUGCAGCCGAAAUUCUAAAAGAUAAAGUAAAGCGUGGUGAUUUUUUAACUUUUAAACAUCUUCACUCAUAUGCAAAUGAUGGUUAUUAUUUAACCUUUAAAAAUAUCCAAAAAGAAAAUCAAGAGAAUAAAAAUUUUUACGACAAAUUUUUCAAAAACUAUUGUUCUACAGAAGGUGAUAAAUCAAUAAUAAAAAAUAUAUUCAGUACUAAUAAUAUAUUGGCAUUUAAACUAUUUAUACCAAGAAAAGAUAUAUUAAAUAAAGUAGGAUUACCAACAAUUGCAUCUUAUAAGAGUUUUAAAAUGGUUCAUCAUCUUUAUAAAGAGGGUUGGAAUACAAGCCGGGUAUCACAUAUAAUAAAAAUAGUCAAAAAUAUUGGUAAAAUAAGAAAAGGCACCACUACUAAAGCACCACCAUUUCUAGAAAUCACAGACCCAGCUAUAGGUUUCACAGAACAACAGUUAAACUCAAGUAUUCAUGAUUUGUUAGAUACUACAUCAGUUUUAAUAAACAAUAGUAUAGCCAACAAUAAAAACACCACUAAUGGUGAUAGUGAGGGCCACAAAGAUUACAUCGCAUUUUUAGAUAGCUUAUUUUUAAAUGGGGAUCAAAGGGAUAAAAUUGUCAAUUUAUUAUUAGAAAAAGAUAAAUACAUUAAUACUUUAGAGUCAAUUAUUAAAAAAGAAAAUUUAUCAAGUGAGUUAAAUAAAGAAAUAUCAACAAAUGCAAAUAUAAAUGAAAAUAAAACCACAAUCACAGAUUUUGACAAUGAAAAAACAAAUUUGAAAGUUGAAGCAAUUGGUAUCGACACUUUGGAGUUAAAGUCUCUUAUUUUACAAUCUUUAGAUUAUUUAUAUUCCUUCCAAUCAACCAUUCCAAUCAACUAUUAUAUUUUAUUUAAAGAGAAAGAUCAAAUUAUCGAAGAACUUAAAGUUUUGUCCAAUAAUUUAAACUCAUCAAUAAGUGGUUAUUAUCAACAAUGUUUAGAUGUUUUUAGAAUGGGAAAGUACAGAAAUAUUCAAUCACCAAUUUUCUCUGAUUUUUUCAAAGAUAUAACAAAAAUAUGUGAAAAAAAUGACAUGGGUCCAAUUUUCAAAUCAAUUAUAGAAACAAAUAAUAUCGAUUUUAUAAACUAUUUACUCCGUGAUAACACAAUUGUGUUUUUCAAAAAUCUUCCAGCCAUUUUUGAAGGGAUCAAAUCUACAGCAGUUUUAGAUUACUUUUUCAAGAAAUAUCAAGAUGUAUUUUUUAGUUCAAAUAAUUCCAAUUGGAUUUACAUUUCAGAUUUUUCAAUAAUAGAACACUAUGAAAAUCUUAUGGAAAGUUUAAAAAGAACCUUUUCGAUUUCAGAGUUUGAGUCCAAUAAAGGAAAAGGUAUGAAAUUAGAACUUGGUUUAGAAUUGUUAAUAAGGGCACUCAGCAAUCCAAAUCUUUACCAUCUCCCAGAAGAAGUUAAUCUUUCUAUUUUUAGCAACAUAUUUUCAAAUUAUUUAAACGAAAAUAAACAAGUAGCCUUAUUUAUUUCACUAUUCAAGUUCAAUAGAUUUGGAACAAUACCUUUAGCUGACCUUUUCAAAAAAUAUGGAGGUGAAAGGUUAUAUUUAAUUGGAGAUUGGUUAUUUAAAAAUCAAGUAAAAUUAGAAUAUUAUAACAGUUAUUUUCAUAAUUUACAAGUAAACUCUGGCAAUGGAAUCAUCCAUUUUUUUAUAUCAACAUCUAUGAUGCUCGAUCUCUUAAGACAAACUGGUCGUUUUGAUGAUAUAUCCAAACUUGAGAAUUUAAGUGUUUUUCAAAUAUUAGAAAGGGUACCGCCGUGUAGAGCUAACCAAUUGUUUUUAGACAUGUUUUUCAAGUUUUAUUUAGAAAAUCAAACUGAAGAUACUUAUUGUUUUAAAACCUAUUACUAUUUUUCUAAUAUAAUAUUAGAUUUUGGGAAUUUUCAAUUUCUAAAAUACUUAGCUUUGAAACAUGGUAAUAUCUUAAUUAAAAAACAAAAUAACACCAAAGGUGUUUUCAGUACAAAAGAAAUUAAAAAACUUUUAGAAAGAGCAUUAAAAUUAAAAUACGUAGAAAUUGCAGAUUUACUAUUAAAUUAUAUAAAAAUGACAGAAUGUGAAUUUAAAAAAAUUGUCAACAAAGAAGAAUCAUUUUUAUAUAAAUCUUUAAUAAAUAAAAUUAAAAAAUAA